GCGAAAGAAAAUCUCAUGAAAAUUAGCAAUUGGGCCAAAUAUAAUGGACUGAGAAGUUAACAAAAGGCUCAAGCAAGAAUAACAGGGACCCACGACGAAUCCCCAAGGCUUCUCCUCUAAGCCAUUAUUCCAUUCCAUUCCAUUCUUAUUCCCACCAAAAAACGAAUUAUUUUCUGAUUUUGCCCUUCAAAACCCGCCAUGUGGGGUUUUCAUUUUGUUUCAAUCUAACCUACUACUACUACUACCAAAAAUCAUCUACAACUUUGCGCAUAAACUGUUUGUAAAAAGGUUUCAACGAAAUGCCAAAGCGAAACUCCGUCGUUGUUCUCUCAUCCGAUGACGAAGAAGUAAACACACCCAAAACUCGUUCAUUCAGUGCAACCCGUACAAAGCCCAAGCCCAAGUCCACGGGCUCUAGAGGAAGAAACAAGAAGGCCCGUGUUUCCAGUUCUGCGCCUCGUCCCUCUAAGCUUUAUGAGAUAAACUUGUUUGAUGAUGACUUCAAUCAAGUGUUUACUGGGUCAAAGGUAUUCGCUGGUACUCAGAGGAACACUGCAGGGGAGCUAUGGGUUGAUAAAUACAAGCCCCAUUCGCUGGAAGAACUUGCUGUUCACAAGAAAAAGGUUGAAGAAGUUAAGACGUGGUUCGAAGAAAGGUUGAAACCUUCAAAGGAUGUCUACAGAAAUAACGUUCUUGUCGUCACCGGGCAGGCAGGAGUUGGAAAAUCUGCUACUAUUCAUUUAAUUGCUUCUCAUCUAGGCGCGGUAGUAUGUGGAUGGAACACACCUACACCUGUAAUUUGGCAAGAGCAUCUUUAUAACUCUGGAACAGAAACAAAAUACACUUCUAAGUUGGAUGAAUUUGUAAGUUUUGUUGAGAGAAUACGGAAAUAUGGAUUAAUACCAACUUCCUUUACUGGGGAGUCAAAGCCUUCCGUCAUAUUUUUAAUAGAUGAUCUUCCCUUGAUGCAUAAUAAAGCUGCUUUAGGAAGACUUAAAGAAUGCUUGCAUCUUUUGGUGCACAAAACUCAGAUACCCACAGCCAUAUUGGUCACAGAUUAUGGCAAUACUGACUCAGCAGAUUAUAAUGCACGGUCUGUGGAAGAACUUAAGACAUCUCUAGAAAGUUCUGGGGCUUGUAAGAUUGCAUUCAAUCCAAUUACAGUUAAUUCUAUUAAGAAAGUACUUUUUAGAAUAUGUCAAAUGGAGCAGUGUGAUGUGACUGCUGACCAUGUUGAUUUAAUAGCAAAAGCAAGUGGAGGUGACAUCAGACAUGCAAUUACUUCUCUACAGUUUUUCUGUCUGAAUCCAAAUCAAGUGUGCUCUUUGUCUCAAUCUACUCGCAGUCCUCAUGCAUUAAAAGAGGAAAGUAAUAGACCUGUUGAAUUAGACGAUGGAUCUUCCUUGUACUUCGGAAGAGAUGAGACACUAUCUUUGUUUCAUGCCUUGGGAAAAUUUUUGCACAAUAAGAGGGAGACUGGAGUUGCAGCAGAAUAUGACCCAAAUAGCUUUCUCAUACAAGAAAGAUUUUCAAGAUUACCUUUAAAAAUGGAUGUCCCGGAGAAGAUUCUUUGUCAAGCUCAUGUGCAACCUGGUCCAGUUGCUGAUUUUCUGCAUGAAAAUGUUCUAGAUUUUUUAAAUGACGAGGCAGUCGAGGAUGCAUGGGUUUUGUCUUCAUAUCUAGGUGAUGCUGACAUCCUUCUUUCUAAGCUUCGGGGAAUGGUAUCUAGUUAUAAUGAGGCAGAGAGUAUUUUACAGUCAGCUGCUGCGUCAAUUGCUGUUCGUGGGGUGCUAUUUGGAAAUUCUUGUCCACUUUCCUCCAGGUGGCAUGCAAUCCGUCGACCAAAGCUCUGGCAGGUUGAGAGAGAAUCAUCAUACCACAGGAAUGAGAUGUUUAGGCAGAGAAUCCCUGCUUGCAAUCAGUCGAGUUCUUAUCAUAUGUCAAUUAUGGCCACAGAAUACAUGCCUAUGUUUAAAUUGCUUGGAAAUAGGGUUGGUAGUGGAUAUAAUGAACCGCAUCAGGAAUCAGUGCAGAACUUGGAUACAGAAAAUUUUGAUAUUGACAAAAUGAGUUUAGAUGAUGAAGCAAUGGAGAUCUCUGAUGAUGAUAUAGAAGAUUGGUAGGCUAAUUGUUCAGUUUGCAGACCUUCCUAUUAGACAGUUAUUCGCUCUUUUUAUCUCCAGUGUUGAUUAAGGCUGAAGCUUUUCUUAGGGAAUGGGAAGUUUUUUGUGAAUAUAGGAGUUUUUUGUAAUUGGUGCUCAGAUGUUGAUGUAGUCAUUGGUUUGUAAUUGGCUGAAGCUUUUCUCUUAAUGAGAAUGUGUCUGUAAAUGUCAUUGCACGGUUAAAAUAGAUAUCAAUCUAAUUUUGCUUUCUUCAAUAGAAUUAAAAUAUUUUUCAUUUUGCAA